CAAGAAGUAGCCGGUCGUGGCUACACUUUCGGCGUGUAAUAUUUUGUCGGUAUGAUAAACAAGUGAUACACCCUGUAAAAGUUCUGUAAGUUGAGUUUUGUACCCAAAAAAAAAAAAUAAAUAAAAAGAAGUUAUAAAACAAAAGCAAAUAAGCAAAAAGUCUUAAGAAAAUAAACAAAAAAAGAAAAAGCUUAACAUACAAUAAAAGGGAAAGAAAACUGCCAAAAGAAAAAUCAAAUAUUUGGGGUUUAGUUCAGUGAAAAUUUAAAGCAAAAAUUUUUUGUACUAAAAAAAACAACAUAUGGACCAUUUAUAAUUUAAGGAUAUUUAAUUAAAAUUUUACACAUGCAUAUGUAUUGACAUAAUAAAUGUAUGUGUGCUUGUGUUUAAGGAUUAGCCCCCUCUUUAGCGAAAGAGAGUUCUAUAAGAGUAAGAGUGUUUGUGUAGGUGUGUGUGUGUGUGUGUAUGUGAGUAAAAAAAGCCAAUGUAUGUAAAUUAUAAUAACAACAAUAAAGUUUUGCAAAUGUGAAUGACAUUUAUGUCUCUGCAACUAAUACAUACACACUCAUUAAUCAAAUUUAAAUUUAAAAAAGAAAAACUUAAAAAUCAUUAUCUAGUAAAUUGUAUAAAAAUGACUAAAUUUUUGUCUGAAAUUAAUAAAUAUAGACCAAAAAAGAAACAGGAAGGGAGGAAGAAAAGUGAACUUUUUUUGUGGUACUUUUGCAAAAGCAACAACUAAUGAAAAAAAACAACAAUUUUUAUAUACUUAAGUGGAAUUUAUUAAAUAAAAUAAAAGCUAAAACUUUUGAAAUUAAAGAAAUUUAAAAAAAAUAUAUAUAAAUUUAAAACAAAUAAAAUCUCUAUAUAAAAUCACCUUAAUUAGUGACGACAAAUAAAGUGUAAACAAGUCAUGACGACGUUGUUGUUAAUGUUGCCAAGUGGUUUAUUACACCAACAACUACUGCUACAACAAUUAAGAAACUCUUUUGAUAUACAUUUACAGUUAAAUUAUAAAAGGACUAACAUGCCUAAAGACAUUUAAUAACAAAAAUGGCCGCUUCUAUAUAUGCAACCCCACCGCCUGAUUUAAGUAGCGAGGAUACAGCUUUAUCAGAUGUAUCCAAUACUUCAUCAACAACAAAUGCAAAUGCAACAACAGCAGCAACAGCAACAUUAAAACAAUUAACUAACAACAACACUAACAACAAUAUAUGUGAGGAAACUUCAACAGCGAUAACAUCAACAACAUCGUCAACACUAUCCACAAGCAACAACAAUAACAACAAUAAACAAAAACGCACAAUAUCGGAUGUUCUUAAAGACACCAGCACAAGCAGUAGUAGUAGCAGCAGCAGUAAAACCCCAAUUAACAAUAUUUCCAACACAACACAAUGCUCUUCCAAAUUGCCCACAAUGGGAAGCUCUACAAAUGCCAUCGCACAUGAUAAUGGAGACGAUGAUAAUGAGGCAGCCAAUACAAUGGCUGCUGUAGCCGCAGCUGCUAAUGCAGCCAUGCAACUACAAUUAUUAGAAGCCAUAAAUGAUGCUGCCAAAAAACGUCGCAAACAACACAAUCCCAGUCGUAUGGAUGAGGAGAGCAACAAUGCGAAUAACUCGAACACGUCUGCUCCCACGGUAGACUUUGAGGAUAAAUUAUCGAAAAUGUUUUUGCCCAAAUCGAUGGAACAGUUUAAGGAAACCUUUGAAUUGUUACAACAGCAGCAACACAUUGAAAACAUAUCAAAAACUCAGGAAUUAAAUGAUCACAAAAUGGUUGAUCAUCAACAGCAGCAGCAACAACAACAUCAACAGGCUUACAGUAAUCCAUAUCAUACCUUCUGCAAGGAGUGUGGUGAAAAUUUCGAAAAUGAAUUUAAAUUAAGUCUGCACAUGAUGCAAGAACACAAUGAGAACUCGGAGGGUUAUGCUAAUCAUCAGGGAACAACUGGAGAUAUGACUCCUUUGGAUAUAUUAGCUUCGGUUAAGGUGAAAUUGGAAAGGCCUGAGUGUGAAUCACCCUCUUCGAAUCAUAAUUCGGAUCUAGGUUCUAAUACACAUGAUCAGUCGCAGCAACAUAAUAAUGCCAACUCUGCAGGUCUCUUAACCAAUGGCAAAGAACUGCAGCAGCAACAGCAACAAUGGAUGGGUGGCCCUGCCAUGGCUCCCAUGGGUUUUCCUUUUCCUCCAGAAGCUGCUGCUGCAGCAGCUCUACAGGCGGGAGGUUAUUUGCCUCUACUAGGUGUUCCCGGCUUUCCUGGUGUUGAUGGUCUGAAUCGUCCUCCUUUAAGAAUCUUUAAUCCCGAAGCUUUUUGCGAACUGUGCAAUAAAGAGUUUUGCAAUAAAUAUUUCCUUAAAACCCACAAAGCCAACAAGCAUGGCAUCUAUGAUCCCAGCAGUGAUGGUCUCAGUAGCAGCCAGCAACAACAGCAGAAUGCCAGCAUGAAUGCCAUGAAUCAAAUGUUUCAAUUACAAAUGCAACAGCAACAUCAACACUUGCAACAGCAGCAGCAACAAAUGCAAAUGGAAUUGGCCCAGCAGAAGCUGAUGAAUGAACAGCAACGCAAGGACAGUGAAGCCUCUUCAACUCUUAACUCACCAACUACAAAAGCCACAAGCAGCAACUCGCAACAGCAGUCGAACACACAAGUUACACCACCAGCUCCAGCACCGGUAUUUUGUGAUAUUUGCUCAAAACGUUUUACCAAUGUCUUUGCCAUGCGUCGUCAUCGGGCCAAAGCUCAUGAACAAAACUCCAAUAGUAAUUCACAGCGUAACAGUCCUUCGGAAGGCUCCAGCAACUCCUUAGAAGCCACUACACCUUCUACCCAAACUCCUGAAAUAGCAACAGGCAAACAAUUCCAAAUGCCUGAAGGUUUUCGUCAAGAUUUUGUUUUGGAACAGGAGGAAGUAUCCUUUACACCCCAACCUCGCAAGCUUUCUCCCCAAUCGCAACAACAGGCCCGCGAAGCCAACUUUGCCCAUGACAAACUGAAACGUUUGGGUGUUCUCAAUCCCGAGGCUUUUUGUGAGAUCUGCUGUAAGGAAUAUUGCAAUAAAUAUUUCCUACGCACCCACAAAUGGAAACGUCAUGGCAUUUUUAUGCCUCCCGAGGAAGCGGAUAAUCCUCAAAAGCUUCCCACUUGGCCAUUCAUGAAUAUGCCUGGUAUGCCGGUUAAUUUAAUGAUGGCUCAACGCAUGAUGUCGGGAGGAGCUGAAGCAACAGUAACGGAAGAAUUGCCCCAACAGUCGAGUAAGCGCAUAAAACUAGAACAACCCGAUGAAGAUGAGGGUUUGAAGGACUCGAACAAUGAUGAAAAUCAAGAAAAUCGCAGUGAAAAUAACCAGGUCUUAAGUGUGCCCUCGACACCAGAACCCAGCAAAUUAAUGGCCGAUAGCCAAACUAUGGCUCAGAGUCCUGAGGCAGCCAUGGGUUUGCAAAAUCUACAAAAAUUACAGACCAUGAUACAACAGUUAAACGAUUUGAAUGGCAAGAGACCCAUAGCUUGUCAUUUGUGUGGUCGGGAAAUGGAAAAUCAAUAUGCUCUACAAGCCCAUAUAAUGGCCGAACAUGCAGGAGGUAUGGAGGGUGCUAUGCCACCUCUAAACUUUCCCUCCCAGCUACUAAUGCAACAACAAGCUUUGCUCAAACAGUCUCCCAAUGGUUCACCCAGUUCUUUAAUGCCCUUAAUGGGCAUUGGGGCCGGUUCUGGCGAGCUGCGCUGCACUCCGUGUGAAAGAGAGUUUACCAACCUGCCAGAAUUUCAAAAACAUAUCACUGAAGUUCAUUUGCUAACCAAUACCUCAGGAAGUCCUUUACGCGAAGGCUUUGUAACGCCCGAAAGACCGAUUAAUCCUGCUAUGGCUCAGAGCACCCGACCUCCCUACACCAUUACGCCCACCAGCAGUUACUGUGAGAUUUGCAAUAAGGAAUUGUGCAAUAAAUAUUUCAUGAAGACUCACAUGCAAAGAAUGCAUGGCAUUGAAAUCGAAAAUGGAGCCCAAAUCGGCGGAGUAGUGUGCAAUAUCUGUAACAAGGAAUUGUGCAGUAAAUAUUUCCUCAGGGUACACAAACACAAUACCCAUGGCAUUAUAGAGGAUGGAGCUCCCUUGCCACAACCCAGACAAAAUGGUUUGAAUUUGGAAACGGCUUUGCAGCAACAAAUGCUAGAGACAGAGGGUCUGAAUAGAAAUCUCAACAUGAGUCCCUUUGGCAGUGGUGGUUCAGAGGGUAAAAAUGAUUCGUACACCUCUUCCACAUAUACCGAAAUUUGUCCCAUUUGCACUAGACGUUUUCGCAAUGUCAAAUGGCUGAGAAGUCAUUUGAUUAGCGAACAUGGUCCCUCCGGCAUGGACAAGGUACGUGAGUUGGAACAGCAGUAUGGUGGCAGUUUAAGUAAACCCUCUAGCCCUACUCUGAAAGUACCUAAUGGUUCCAGUUCGGCUGGUUCUUCGAAUACACCCACUGCAGUACCCUCACCAGCUCAACUAGCUCAAGCUUUGCAAAAUCUCAAUGCCCAACAUUUGCUACAGAAUAUGCCGAAAAACAAUAUGGCUAACGCUUUUAACAAUGAACAAAAUCUACAAUCACCACAGCUGAAGGAAUAUCAAUGUUCCAUGUGUCCAUUUACCACACCCUACUAUGCAUUCCUAUUCAUACACGAACGUACACAUUCCAUAAUCAAUAAUAAUGAGCAGGAACCGGAACAGGAAGAAAAUAAUGAACAACAUUUUAAGCAAGAAAAAUUAGAGGAACCGCUACAACAAUCUCAGCACCAGGAGGAGUCAACCCAAGAAAGAAUGGAGAGUAAAUCGUUGAAAAGAAAAUCCAGUCGUGAAACUCCCCCCGAAAUAGUCGCUUUGGAUGAGGAUGAUAAUGAAGAGCUUGAAAACAAGCUACAGCAGGAACAAGUCUCUUUUGUAACCAACAAUGAACCCACUAAUCUCUCCAUGCGUACACCCUCACCCACCGAAAUUACCUCUACCACUAGCCGCGAGGAUAUGCCCAAACCUCUUAGUCCUAAAUCCCAGCUAACGCAAGAUAACUCCAUAAGUGAUAGCAAAGAUUACCAACAAACUUCAAUCUCGCCACGAGGCUUUAGAUCAGCAGCUUGCUCACCGGUUUUUUCCAACUUUCAACAACAGUUUUUACAAGAAAUCGCCCAACAAUCCGGCAAACCAGCUUCAUUUGCUGUGCCUCGUGAAGAUGAAACAUCGACUCAAAUGCAGGCAUUUGUUAUAGAGGCCGUGGCACAAGGUGGUGGUGGUGAUGAUCAUGACGAUGCUGAUGAUGUUGGUGCGGAUGUAGUAAGUAAUAGAUUUGUACCCGCUAUUGUAUAUUUACCCGUCAAAGAACGUCUAACAGGUACUAUGAAAUUAUCUUUCAAUUUGACACCUGUUUAAGCUUAUAUAUAUGUGUAUAUUUGUUGGGUUAUCUAUUUGGCGGGUCCAGCAAAUGAAAACAAAAACAGGGUUUCUCUUUUAAAAAUAUUUGAGGUAAGAGAAAGUGAGAGAGAGAGAUAAAAAUGGAAAUAGGAAGAGAGAACAACAAGAUAUUAAGGCGAAUUAGUAGUAGAAAGCUUUAAGGUGAAGGAGAGAGAGAUCUUUUUUCAUUCCAAUUUUACAGCUUUUAAACAGAAUUUAUAUAUAUACAAAAUCAAGAGAAAAGUAAGAUUUUUCUGAAAGAAAUUUCUUAGCUUUUAAGCUGAGCUUCUGAUGAAUCUGCACAAUGAAGUGAGAGUGAGUGAGAAAACUUUCUUCCAUGAAGUUUGUGAACUGAAAUUAGAGCGAAUCUGUGCAAGUUAAUGUUAGUGGCGAAUUCAGCCAAAAUAAGUGAAUUUAUUGUGUUUUUAGUUUUUAAAAUAAUCUUAUUUUACAUGAAUUCGCCUUGACUGAACUCAUAGACUAAGUCAAUUAGUUUCCUUGUAAAGUUUUUUAUUUACUCAAUUCGAAUGCAUAUAAACUGUUCUCGACUGUUCAUCUAAGGCCAGUUUGUGUUAGAGAUAGGUAAGGAGCUUUUUUGCUCUUUUGCUUUUACGCUUAAGUUCAUAGUUGUAAAAAGCUAGCUCUCUGACUGGUUUUGAUUGUUUUCUAGAAAUGUGUAAUCAUAGAUACGUGUAAAAGAAUUAGUACACGAGAGCUCAUUGCGUUUAGCUGUUGUGUAGCAACAUGCACAGCAAUUAAUUGUCAUUCUCUCUCUCUCUCUCUCUCUCUGAGACCUGUUUAUGUUACAGAUAGGUUAAGAGCUUUCUUGAUCUUUUGCUUUUACGUUUAAGUUCACACUUGUUUAGCAACAGCAUGACAAUCUGAGAGCUUUAUUUUUACUCUCUGCUGUUGUCUGCUUUAGAUCAGCGCUAGGCAUAAAAUUAAAAAUUACUUCUCUUUCCUGUGUAAGUAUGUGUGUAUGCGUUAAAGAAGCAGCACAGCAACAAGUUGAUAUCAAAGCUUUUCUUUGCCUCUAUUUGCUUGCUCUCUCACUCUCUCUCUCUCUCUCUCUUCAAACCGAAGAUUAGUAUUGCCAACUGUGUGAACAUUUAAAAAUAUUAACAACAUUUAAAGAAGCAUUUUUUAAACUCUUAAAAUCAUUUAAAAAAACGUUUUUUAAGAUUUAACAAAAAAGACUGAGUGUUGAAACAAAUUUUAUUAAAAAAAAAAUAGUUUAAAAUUUUGAAAACAAUUGGCAAUACAUUUAAAAGAGAAACCCUAUUAUUAUAAUUUAAUUUCCAAAAAAGUGAUGGUUAGAAAAGUUCCUACAUGUUGUUCUUUAAAAAAAUCUUAUAUAUAAAACAAAAAAAAAUUUUUUUAAUUCUUUUUUUUUAAACCUUAUAAAUAAGUUAAAGCAAAACAAACUUAGAAAAAAUAAAACGCUAAACAAAAUACGUAAAACAUAUUUAGAAAAAAACACAUACAUGAAACCAUAGUUGGAUAAAAAAGUAGUUAAAAAAAUAAAUAGCUACUAAUCAAAGAAAAUAGCAGGGUUCUAAACAAAAUUUAAGACAAAUUAAAACAAAAACUGCUUUGCUCAAAUAUUAAAAAUCUAAAAAAAAGAAUUUAUAGCCCAGUUAAUCAAAAACUAAACGUAUAGGCCAAAAGUGUUUUUUUUACCAAAACAAAAAUUAUAACCUUAAAAAAAGCACUUUGUAUAUAUAGAAUUUGAAUUAAAAAAAUAGGUGAACUAUAUAAAAAAACAUCAGGAAUUUCUUUAAA